UUCAUUAAAUUGGAAUUCCAUUACUCUCUUAGCACAAAAGAAGAAAGACCUCAGUACACAAACAUCGACGCCGCCGCCGACGCGAUCGACUGCUCCACCAUUUUCCACCUCGUCACCGACAUAGUCGGCUUCAUUCUCUUCAUGCACCAGCAGAUCCCCUCAUUAAUCCAGGACAUCACGCUCGAAUUCGAUGGAUUGCGGUCCGAAUUCAAGGAAUUGGAAAUUGAGCUCGCGGAGAGUGAACCAAAGGCGCCAUUGAUAAGGAGAAAGCUAGCUGCCAGAAAAAGGGAAGUGAAAUUGGGGAUAAGAAGGUUGGAGAAAUUGAUGGGGUGUAUAUCUAAUCUCAAGGCUGCACUUCAGUUGUUGGUUGCUGAAGUUCCAAAUGUUGAUAAAAUCUCUCUGGUUCUUGGACCUAGUCCUCUAAGGCCUUUGCACAUCUUUGAAUUGAAUUUCUCAAAUGGGAGGCCGUUUUUGGAGGGUUUCAGUCGAAGUAAAACUGCAGAAACGCUGUCUAGAAAGGUGAUUCGUAUGAUGAUAUCGAAGGGUGUUGGAUCGGAUUCUUAUCCUGGUCCUACAAAAUUAUUUCUCUUGGUGAAAGCUCCCUCUUACCUUAAUCUGCCUCUGCACUUUCUUCCCAAGCGCGAGUUUCAACCAAAUAGAAAGACCAAGCCUUUCAGAUUGAGAUUCAGGUGCAGAACCCAGAAUCCGGAAAUGAAUCCUCAACAUAAUGACUUUGCUAGCUCAGUCGAAUUGCAGCACUCUCCAUCAACCGAUUUGAUCUGGUUUCAAUGUCGACACACUAUCAAGGGCUUGGCCGUGAGGGCGUCGCCAGCAGAAGAUUGAAAUGCGAUGCUGUGCAGAUAGGGCGGUUCGGGCUAGAGUUUGUAGUCUGUAGAGCAAUGAAACAGACUCCUUUUCGCUGUUUGCAGCUGCAGAUUUCACAAAUGUUGUGCAUUGCAGCAAAAAAGACGAUUCCGUCGCCUUGGCGGCCCCCACGCUCCGGCCUAACAUCAUGUGAGGGGUUAAAUCAGGGUACGCAGUAGGCCGUUAAGGGGAGGCCUUAACCACAAAUGUUGUGCAUGUUUGUAUGAAUAGAGGGGGAAGAAGGAAGAAAUAGUUAGUACUACGACAUACGCCGAAGCAUACGAUUCAUCUUACCUACAUACUUAAUGCAAGCACCAUCCAUGAAUGUUGAAUGCCGCUUUCGUUUA